UGUGUUAAACUUGUUUGGCAUGAACUAGGCUUUAUCAAAUUUAGUGCAAAUAAACCAGACACACUUUUGCUCUGUGAUUUGAAAAACAGCAGACAGGGGAGAUGCAUCACAUCGGAUUGAUAGCAACGUCUGCGUUCCUCCUUGGUGGACUUCUUAUUCACCACGCCAUUGCGGACAUUGGAACACGUGCGCACGCGCCAUUAGAAGUUGAAAUUUUGGCCGUGGCCGACUACAGUUCUUUUGAUAGAUGGUACCAAACUACUGACAGUAAACUCCCACAUGCAACAAGGGUGAAUAUAGCCAAGCAAAACUUGACGACAUGGAUUGGUACAAUGAUUCAUUCGGCGAAUUUGGUGUACAAAGGCCUAGAAGCUCACAAUCUUUUCGUACAAUUAAAGCUUGUAGAUUUGCGUAUAAUGACGACCGCGUCUGCAUCCCCAUGGACAGAAACAACUAAAUUCAAGGUAAAUUCAACAUUCAUGAUCGACUACAGGGUGGUGCAUCCGCUCUUCAAGGUCAAAUCUUUGGAGUUACAAAAGACCAUUCCACACGACCACGCAAUGCUUCUGACAAGAUAUACGUUGACCCAUGGCCCAAAUGGAACACAUUUUUAUGCAGGAAAUGCUUUCUUCGCAGCAGAAUGCAAACCAAAUAGCCAGUCCAUCAUUAAGGACACUGACAGCAUGUAUACAGCCCAAGCAAUCGCACAUGAACUCGGUCAUAGUCUUGGUUGCGAACAUGAUGGUGAGAAAAACGCAUGCGCAGACAGUGCCGGCUAUUGUAUGGCGGCAAAACUGAGCACGAAAAGUACCAACAAAUGGAUAUUUUCAUCUUGUUCCGUGACCUAUAUUAGGAAUUUCAUUACUAAACUUAACAGAGAGAAAAACAACUGCCUCGCCAGAGUCGAUGACAAUCAUGCCAAUACGGAACUUGGUAAAGUAUCUCAGAAAUGGGUGGGAGAGGUGUUCACUCCGGAUCAGCUUUGUGUAGCUUAUUUAGGGAAAGGUUCCUACUUUUGUCGGGAUAAAUACCAAGGGAAUUUCACAGACCUUUGCAGAAAGAUGUACUGUUACAGUCCUGCACGAGGUUCUUGUUCCUAUACUGACGCUGGCGAUGGUGUUGCAUGUGCAGCCGGAUCUUGGUGCGUGUCGGGUGAAUGUGUAAAGGAUAGCCGAGCCCCGACGGUUGUCGAUAACAGAUGUGUAGCCGGAGACCAAGAAGGGGUUGUGUACGAGCAGCAGACAUGCGGGGAAAUCGUGAAGGCCGCCAGUUACAAUUGUCUGCAGAGUCAUAUCAAAUACAAAUGUUGUGCCUCCUGUAAACACUCGAGAACACAUGCCGUCCCCGUGGAUAGACAAUGUCAGCAAAGAUUUGGCGACAAAUCAUACAUGUGCCGGUAUUCCAGCAUGUACAGGAACGCCACGUACUCUAAGCUAUGUAGAGAACUACUUUGUACCAGACCAAAUAAUGCUAAUUACUGUAACGGAAUGAAAGCCUAUGAUAAAACAACGUGUGGAAAUAAAAUGUGGUGUAUGAAUGGACAAUGUGUGCACAAUAAACAAGCUCCGGCAGUUCAUGACGCAAGCUGUAUACCUGGUGAUCGAGUUGGUGUUGUGCACGAGAAUCAAACAUGUCAGGAGAUUGUGAAGAAUUCUCCGAGAAAAUGUCUAGAAACAAAUGUCAAACGUCUGUGCUGUAGGUCCUGUGAAGACGUUAACGUAAAGGCGGUGUCUGUUGACGCUCAAUGCAGUAGCAAAUUUGGCCAAGGCUCCACGAUGUGUAGGAACAUAAAUACUUACAAAAGAAAUCCAGAUCACCCCUACUCAGUCAUAUGUGGUGGUCUGUAUUGCUCCAACACCACUGUACCUUCAAUGUGCCAUUGGAUGCGAGCAUUUGACAUGACACCUUGUGGAAACAAAAAGUGGUGUAAGGGUGGACAAUGUGUUCAUGAUGAAAAUGCUCCAGCGAUUCUCGAUGAAAAAUGUUUACUGGGUGAUCAAACCGGAGUAGUCAAUGGCCAGCAGACAUGUCAAGAUAUUGUAAACAACUCUCCAAGCAUGUGUCUUCAAAAGAAAAUCAAAGAUCUAUGCUGCAGUUCCUGUAAAUCAGUAAAUGUAUCUACUGCUCCCUCUGUGGAUACCCAGUGCAGCGCAAUGUUUGGUAAAGGUUCUACAAUGUGUAGGCACUCCAGCAUAUAUAAUCACAAUCACUAUUCUGUAAUGUGUAGCAAUCUAUACUGUCAUGAUACGAAGACAACAUCCAUGUGUCACUCUAUGGCCGCCUACGACAUGACGCCUUGUGGACAUAAAAAGUGGUGUAUGGACGGAAAAUGUGUGCAGGACAACAGAGCACCCGAUGUUUCAGACAACUGCCCAAUGGGAGACCAUGACAAUGACCCGUCUGUUACCUACGCUAAUCUGACAUGUGCUGAGAUAGCCCAGCAAGGCAAUAACUGGCCUUGUUACAGUGGUUAUACUGCAAGAGAAUGUUGCAACACUUGUGCCACUGUACGUCGUGAUAUCAAAGGUUGCGAGUACGGUGACAGGUUGAAGGGAUGUGUACGGAGUGCCUGUGGAAGGUACCAGCCUCAAGCAUUGACACAAUGUUGCGAAACAUGUAGAGCAUCAGCAAUUGUCGGAUGAAACAUACUUCAAAAAAGAUACUGAAAAUAUUUAAACGAAUAAAAAAGGACACUUUA